AUGAGCGUGAAGGCUGGGUCAGAGCCGACUGCAGCCACCCUGGUUCAGGCCUAUCCAGGCCAGCCAAGCAGAAAUGGAGUGCUCCAAAGCCAGAGGCCCUCCCAGGCGAGUGCCCAAAUCCAGCCCCAGGCUUUAUCUCCACCGCGGGACCUGCAUUCCCAGAGGCCCCAUCCUGACAGACACAUCUCCCCAGAGAUGGAGAUCCCUGGGCAGGCUUGUUCCGGUGGCGAGGUCCCCUUCCUGGUGCCCUCCUUCUGCCAGAGCAUCUGUCAGAACUACAGCGACCUCCACAUGGGGGGGACCAGGUGCUGCCUCUCGGCCCACAAUGGGGAGGUCCUGCGAUGUAGCGACAACCAAGAACAUUCCUGUGACGUAACCCCGACCGCAGAAGACUCUCCCCCAGAUCGGGCCACUGAAGACAGGCUUCUGCGUCCUCUCCAGUGGGGCUCAUGCUCGGGGUCCUCCCGCUGGAGGGUGGGGAGCGGCCACGACCGGAGCGUCCUUUUUCAGGGGCUCGAGGGGCCACUCUCUAACUCGCAGCUCAACCGCUACCUGGAGAACAAGAGACUGGACCUGUAACAACAGUACAUGCUGGAGAACAUGGUCCAUGAUUGGGGCUGUGGUGAGGGCUUGCCCUGCCCUCUGCUGGCCUCAGAGUUGAUUCUUACCAGCCUGGAUCAGAUCACCCUGCAGCUGAGCCGUGAGGGCCAUCUGGAAGCGGGCCGGGCCAAAGACAUGUGCCUACUGAGGGUGGCCAGCGGCCUGCAGUCCAGUGAGAUCAGUACUCCCCUACUCCAGAUCUCCAUGGAUCUGCAGCUCCCCACUGAUACUGCUACUGAUUAUGAAUAUCGUAAGUCUUCCUCAUUCUACAUCCUCUUGACAUGGAACUCUGAGUCCUGGGACUGCAAGUCUUCCUCAUUCUACAUCCUCUUGACAUGGAACUCUGAGUCCUGGGACUGCAAGUCUUCCUCAUUCUACAUCCUCUUGACAUGGAACUCUGAGUCCUGGGACUGCAAGUCUUCCUCGCUCUCCAUUCUCUUGACAUGGAACUCUGAGUCCUGGGACUGCAAGUCUUCCUCGCUCUCCAUUCUCUUGACAUGGAACUCUGAGUCCUGGGACUGCAAGUCUUCCUCAUUCUACAUCCUCUUGACAUGGAACUCUGAGUCCUGGGACUCUGCAAGUCUUCCUAGAUCCCCUUGA